AUGGCUCCUCCAUCAUGGGCUGACGGACCGUUUCCUUUGAUUCCCACGUCGAAAACCACCAAAGUAGAUGGCGACCCAACCGCGAACUGGGUGGCCGAUGAUAUGGCCAACACUCACAAUGUGAUUAUUCGGCAGAUGAACUCCAUGUACCUGCAGGCUCCGCACGUCAAGUUGGAAGCUGAUCAGCUUGACUUAUGCCAAUAUGCCGUCUUUUUCCAAGAAUCUCUCCAUCAUCACCAUGAACUCGAGGAGACACGAUUAUUCCCAGAUGUCGAGAAGAUAACCGGCGAGGCGGGCAUUAUGGAACAGAAUGUUGUACAGCACCAUGAAUUCCUUCCAGCAUUAGAGACUUUCGGACAAUACGCCCAGGCCUGCUUGGACAAGAAGAAAUCUUUCGACGCCAGCCAGUUCAUUGGCCUGAUGGACACCUUUGCGCCAAAAUUGUCUACUCACUUAGAGGAUGAGAUCAAGACCUUGCGAGGUCUGGGUAAAUACAAAGACAAUGUCAAGGAAAUCAAAAAGGCAUAUAUGGCUCUUGCCGCGGAUGCCCAGCAGGCGAGCAAGACGACAAUCUUCCCGCUGGUUUGUGGUGCCCGCGAUACAACAUAUGAGGGAGGCUGUUCGUGGCCCGGAUUCCCAUUCUUUGUACCGUAUAUGGUUGAUUACGUCUUUGCUGGAAAGCAUCGGUCUGUCUGGAGGUUUAACCCCUCCACCAUGCAAGGAAAGCCGCGCCCUCUCCUCUUCUUGCCGAGUGAAGAGUAG